CCAUAUUCACUUUAACCUUUCUAGUUUAAUUGGAAGACUCUCACUUGGAUUUGGCUCCUGGUCUUAUCAUAAGGGUGAUAUAGAUUGCCUUCUGAGUCUCUGACCUUCAACCCCAUCAUCCAAGCGCCAGAUGGACGACGAUAUCACACGUUAGUCCAGAAAUACGGAGGAGCUCCAACAUUCCUGGGCACUAUUCAGCUUGAAUGUACCAACUGACAUAAAAAUGCCUCCGGCUCUACCUGAAUUUGAGGAGCUCGAAGCAGGGCCUUCGUUCAAGGAAGAGAAAUGGGUGAUAAUACCCGUUGAAGACAUAUACAGCGAUGGAGACGAGCGGCUCUGGCCGACGGACUCCCGCUAUGAGGAAGCUGACCCGACAACAUACCUGGAAAAGUUAGCUAAAUUAUGGAUGCAACACAUAAAAAAGUUCAAGCCAGAUGAACACUACGUUCUCAGCCAGCUUCCAAAAGGCUAUACACUGUUAUCUCGCGAGCGUAGAAGCCACCCGCAUAUUCGCGACAAGUUUCUUUUUGGCCACCCUUCGGGGGUAUACUUCAACUCAGCCAAUAAAUUUUGGGACCACUUUGUCUAUUUGAUGAAUGGUGGGACUUCUCCAUGCAACUGUGACCUUUGCAUACUCCAGCGAGAAAAAGGGACAACUAUAGAUUCAGCCGGGAUGCCUCGCCUAAUUAGGGGUCGAAGACGUGGUAAAGGAAAACAGCCUGCUGGCGCCACUCGAAAAGCAGCAGCAGUUGGCCCAAGAAGACGCGGCCGUCGGAAGGGGUCAAAUUAUCUUGCUGAAGAUGAAGAAGGACUUCGAGAUGUAUUCAAAGAGCUCGUCUAUAAACUUAAGAUCAAACGAUCUUUGGACGAACCAGUGGAAGAAACUGAUAAUAUGGAUUGGCGAGCGGAGCGCGAACAGCUCGUUGACCAUCUAACCCGCAUUUCCAUGCAACAUCGCUUCAUCCCUCGAGUUGGAGAGCUAGUGUUGUGGUGCCCAGAACUUAAAGGAGAUGUGAAAUUUGAUUUCAACACGGACACAUUCCGUCAAGUCUGCCCAAAAACGCAAAAGUUUCUAGAUCCUCCUGAGUGGCGGGCGGGAACCGUGGCCCAAGUGCCUGAAGAACUUGUGUUGUUAGGGGAUAUCUACUUUGCCUCGGAAAAAUCCAUGGCUAUCAAUAUGUCUGGGUUCCGAAUUGAAACGUUUCCAGAUCCGAAUAGCCCGGAUAAAGCCUAUUCAAGCCAGUAUAAAUACGUUCCCUUAAGCCAUACCAGGCCUUUUAAUAUGUGGGAUAUUUUCAUGCAAAAUAUUCCAUCCGAAUAUUUUCAUCCAUCUAUUUUUAAUGCGCUGACGGUGAUGCCAUCCUUCAGCUUUUUGGAUAGAUAUCGCUUCGCAGGGACCUGGCCUCAUGCCACCAUCUACUGCAAAGGUGUCUACAUUGGUGCAGAGCUCCUUGUGAAAGGAGAUACGGUUCGCAUCAUGCCCGAAAAUUGGUCGUGCGGAGCCCCUUUUGGCGCUGUGACCGACGUUCUUACUAUCGAAGAGAUAGUCAUGGAGCUCUAUGAUUGCGACGCCGAUCUCUCUUCUCCUUUAUUAAGUGAGAAGAUUGCUCCCCGUGUGAAGGGGAAGGCAUACACUAUUUCUAAAGACAGGGCGUACCGCGACCUUUCGUCUCCAAAUGAGGAGGCAGAACCAUUGACAAUGGAUGAAGUUAUGGACGCCUUCGAAACUGUCUCGAUGCGCCAGUACGGACCGUGGUACCGCUUACAUCCUCCUGACCAAGAAAUGGAAGUUUCAAUCAACUUGAUCAUCGGUCGCUGCUUUGAGGCCGACUACAUGAGAUUGAUGCUCGGUAGCACAGAUUUGGAUCUCGAUUUUGAGGGAGUCAUCUCAGGGCGUGUGUACGGACGUGAUGUGGAUGAUCGUAUCCCCGAGAACAGCGAAUGGUUUGCAGGAGACUAUCGUCUUGAAACCCUCGCCCUUGAGACGUUUAAUGGUAUCGAAGUUGGAAAAUACGACGACGCUCGGGACUUGAAGAUGUGGCGCGCCAAUCUUCGGAUUAUCGACGGUACAGCCACGUCGGCGGAUGUUAAGGACGCAAAAUUGCCCCAGAGAAAGGGCCGCCGGGUAGUGGAAGACAUCAUUGGCGGGAAAGCGGAUUCAUCGAAGUUCAAAAAGAUGGGGAAAACGAGUUCGCUGGUCAGUACUGCGUUGGCGCCACCUGAUCCAUCGACCAAUGCUACUUCAAACGACCUCACUUCAGCACACGAUACUGCGGUUGAUGAAGAUGGUUAUGAGCAAGACGAUGAUGUGUCUAGCAUUUACCAUGAUGCAAAAGCAGAGGCGGACGAAAGCGAAGACUCUCUCAAUGUGUUGCUGCAAAUGGGCACGACUAUCGUUCGCGGGGGAACGACGGAAUCUGAGGGCGGCGACUACGUACCACCGUCCUCUGGAGAACCAACUACAAAACGGCGGAAGUUCUGAAGCGUACGAUCUUUUUCGCCAUGAAUAUGGUGUUGAAAUCCUGUUCACUAUGACGAACAUUCCUCUAGCUGAUUUGCUUUUCAAAUAUCAAAUUGGACAGCGUUGCUGCAUACAUGCAUCUAUGAUGAGCGGGUUAAAUGCGUUCUGACCAUGGUUUGGUGGCAAUUGGCGUCGGCAUACUUUGAAUUUUCUGGAUUUGGCCUUGAUCUAUCCUGUGGUCUGUUUUGUUUUUCUUCCUAGUGUAUUUUUGGCCAUUUUCCUUGCAUUGCGGAUGGUGGUCUUUGAGCCGGCGAAUUGAAUGCAUUUCGCUAUAACAGGCAAUCUAUCUCUCCUAAGCGGCCUACCAUGCCCUGGCUGUCACGUAACCAAGAACACUGAUAAACAUCCUAUUGUAUCAUAGCCACUUUAUCUCAAGAAAUAACCUUGAUCCAAUUCAUGCAGCUCCCUGAAAACCCCUGGUCAGGUUGCCCUUGAUGACACCCUACAGAAAAAAUCCAUCUGCUUAACGAACCACAUAUUUCUGGUUGCUAACUCCUUUUCUGGGUUCACCAGCUCAAAAUCAAAGUUCCUAACCAACUGGGGAACGAGCUUCGACAUUUCGAGUAAGGAAAUAUUCUUACCCAGGCAGGUACGAGAUCCAAGGCCAAACUGUUUAGUAACACAUUAGUAUAAGCUAUUGAACAUGAAUGGAGGCUUAUUUGAAGUAACUUACCGGCAGGAAAUAGUGAUCCAUUUUGGAGAGUUGAGCGGUGUCUGUUGUGAGCCAUCUAUCUGGUCGAAAAAGGUGAGCGUCUGCACCAAAGACAGACGUAUUCAUGUGUGCCACCCAGCUAUUUAUGCCGACAACAGUCUAAUAAAAUAUGAUAUCAGCAGUUGCGGAAUUUCAAAGGAAAUUAAGAAUACGGAUGUCUUACUCCUGCUUCAAAAUAUCUACCAGUAAGAGUGACUCCACCAUCAGGGACGACUCGAGCAAGCGGUAAGCCAGUAGCUGGGUGCAUUCUUAGACCCUCCUUUAUUACGGCCUGUAAAUAUGGCAUGUUUUGGGUUUCCUUGAAGGUCACUGGGUUUGAUAAUCUUCCUUCUGCAGUCAUGGUAUCUAUCUCGCUUCGGAGUUUUGCCAAAGCGUCGUAGUUUCGGCAAAGAUUGUACAUAAUCGAGCUUAGGGAUAUAGAGGUUGUGUCAG